AUGGCAGUGGUCCCAACAUCGAGAAAGCGCAGCAGGCGUGUCAGUCUGGCAUUCAAAGUUCUCAAGAAGCGCAACACCUAUGCCAAUGGCGCGAGCUUCAAACCCGCGCACAGCACCAAGCGGCGUUCCAACGUGCACAACACCACUCGCGACUACACCCACGGCAAGCUCACUCGCGGGGUCACAACUGCAAUGAGCCGCAAUGCUGUUCUCAACACCCAAGAGCUGCAGGAGUUGAUUCUGUCCCACCUUCCCAGCAAGGACCUGCUCACGUUCCGAGGAGUCAGCAAGCACUGGAACGGUCUCAUUACGAAAUCCCCCGAGCUCAAGAAGAAGCUGUUCCUCUUCGGCAAAGCCAACGGCAGCUUCUGGUUCCUCAACGCGAAAUCUGGGAAAAUCGAAGCCUACAGCAAGUACGAGAAGAAGACAGUCUCUGGUAACCUCACUGAGCACCACGAGCCUCUCGCGCCGGCACAGCUCAACACGGACCUCUUCAUCAACGUCUCGGCCAAACGCUCUCUGAUCCAUCGUGCGUACUACCGAGAGGACAUCGUCUUCAAAGCGACGCCGGACCUCAGCAAGCACGACUCGAUCUUCAACCGCAUGCACGUCUGCCAGCCACCAGUCUCCCACGUAAAUUUCAAGUUCGUCUUCAGUUCGCAGCCGUUCAAGCGCUACCGCCGCGUGCACGACUUCAUCCACGAGAUCCGAGCCGAAGUAUUCAACACCCGCGGCGUCAAGUAUGGCGACAUCUUGCGCAAGUUCCGCUCCGAAGUCAAGGCACAGCUUCUCGUUACGGACGCCGAGGUCGACAAGUACGCCAUUUCGAUCGUUGCGAGUAGGGUGUGGGUCCCGGUGAGGAUUUUCGUCACUGAUAAGGAGUUCGAGGCUGUUGAGUCGGGUGUGUAUGAGCCGAGUCAGACUGAUAUGUUGGAGUUGUAG